AUACACUGUGACGAGUUACGGAGCAAAACCUAACGGCGGCGGCUCGCCGCUGGAAGACAGCCUCAAAAGUGCAUGGGUCAAGGCGUGUAAAUCGAAUGGUCCGGUAACCAUCAACGUGGCGGAGGGAGUCUUCAAUGAAGGCGCCGUCACUAUCGACGGCACUGAUUGCGGAAACAAGAAUGGCAUAACAUUCCAAAUCAUCGGAGAACAUCUGGCUCCUGACUAUACACACUUCGGAGACGACGACUGCGAAGCGUGGGUCAUGUUCGCCCAUGUCACUAACGUUACCAUUACCGGCGGUAUCCUAAACGCCACGGGUCAAUAUCUCUGGGAUUGCAAAAAAGCCGGAGGUCACUGCCCCAACGGAGCUAAGACAUUGGCUGUUUUCAACUCCGAUGGUGUGCAGAUUAGGGGAGUAACCUUAUAUGAUAGUCAAAUGUUUCACUUGGCGAUUUUAGGGAGUAGCAAUGUGUUGAUGGAAGACUUAACGAUAAAAGCGGCAGAGAGUAGCCCUAACACAGACGGAAUACACAUCUCAACUUCCUCUCACGUUAACAUCACUGGUAAAACCGUUAUAGGGACCGGGGACGAUUGUGUCUCUCUUGGUCCCGGCUCCAAGAACGUGUGGAUUGAGAACGUCAUAGCUGGUCCCGGGCACGGAAUAAGCAUAGGGAGUCUAGGGCGAGAAAACAUUGAGGACUCAGUGGAACACAUACACGUACAAAAUGUUCAUUUGGAGGGAACGCAGAACGGUGUGAGGAUCAAGACGUUUGCGAACAAUAAG